AUAUAUAUAUAUAUAUAUAUAUAUAUAUAUAUACUCGUAUAUAUAUGCAUAAGCAUGUAUGCAAACAAACGAGAGUGGACACGCGUAUCACGACACGAUUCAUACGUAAAUUUAUUUUGUUUUUACAAAUCUCUCUUCCAUCAGAGGAACUGCAUUCCCAUGUCCAUGGAAUUAAAAUUUUGUGAUUCCAACUCGUUUUUAGACCGGUAAAGAGGGUGAUGUCUACUCCAUGCAUUACUCUUGCUACAUCAUGAUCGAUACAAAUAAACUACAAACAUUAUAAUCUAAACAGCUGAUGUAAUUGUUUCUAUAUAUAGCACGAUCCCAUAAUGAUUUCUGUUAGAUACAUAGGUUAUGCUAAUGUGAACACUAUUUGAUCAUUAGCAGAAAUUAGCAAUUAAAAUAGGGAGCAAGACUGUCAGAUGUUCUCAGAUAUCAGACGAUGCUGUGUUUAUUAGCACAGUAAGUUCAGUCUGUUUGCGAAUACCUCAGUGUGGCGAGCAGGAGGAUUCCACGGGGGCUCCUAUUACUAACUUCGAGCGGUGGUGCUGUUCAUCUUAACCCUAGUUUUGCUAAUCACUGAUAUAUGAAAACGCGGCGCAGAGAAGGUAGCAUGGUGAAAGUGAAACGUUUACUGAUCCUCCUGAACGUGGGGAUGGCCUUCCUGUGUCUCACGGCCCUUGCAAUCCUGAAGGAAAGGGUCACCUCCUCAUCUCAUUUCCGGGAAUUGGUUGAAUAUCACGUUCCUUUGAGAGAGGAUCUUGUUGCACUCCGACCGCAGGUUUCUUCAACUCGGCCGAUAUCUCUACGCAGGAUUGGGAACCCUGCCACGCUCCCCCAGCCCAGUGGGCGGGACUCAGCUUCGCUUUCCCAACCCCAGGACUCUGCCAUGUUCUCCGAGUUCGAGCCUCAGGACCCUGUUAAAUCGCCCCAGUUCGAGUCCACGUCCUCCCAGCUGAAACCUCGCGACUCUGCCACGCUCAGUGAGCGGGACUCGGCAAAGGAAUGACAAAGGCAAUACCAAAGAAGUAAAUCCCUCACACCAUCUCCAGUUAUAUCAUGGUGAUCCAUACAAGUGAUCCCUCCCUGUCUUGUUCCGACACUCCCACUGCUAUUUUCGAGGACCC